AUGUAUUAUCCAUCCGGUACCGAGUCGAUAUAUUCUAGGGAACCACUACUGUGGGCUGCAGCGAAUGGGCACACGAUGACGAUGAGCUUUCUGCUUAGAUCAGCAGAAUUCGACGCCAACUCUAAGCGUUAUGAUCUAGAAAGGUCGCUGCUGCUAGCCGCAGCAAAUGGACACGACACGAUUGUGAAAAUGCUAUUUGACAGAGCCGAUCUUGACCCAAGAGAUUCGCACGGCCGAACACCGCUAUGGGCGGCUGUAGCAAGGCACGAUGCCAUGAUCAGCCUACUACUCGAUACAGGCAAGGCCGAUAUCAACUCACCCGACAACGAAGGUCUUACACCGCUAUCAGUAGCUAUAAUGAAUGGCAGAGAGUCGACAAUCAAGCUGCUACUCGACCGUGGAGCAAACAUCGAAUUAGCGAACAAACCAGUGAUGUUAAUAGACUAG